CCUCGGAGAGCGCCAGGAGCGGCUACCAGAGGGACUGGAGAAGCGGCCGAAGCCUGUCCGGACGGACGCCUGCGAGCUCGCGUCCGUCCGCAUCCUCAGCUUUUCGGGCUGUCAGUCGGCUCGCGGCGACUCAGGAAGUUUUUAAAAUGAAGAAGUUUAAUUUCCGAAAAGUUUUGGAUGGCUUAACGGCCUCAUCCCCUGGCAGCAGCAGUGGCAGUAACAGUGGUGGUGGGGCUGGCAGUGCUUCCACACAUCCGACAGGGACUGCAGCGAUUCUCAGAGAGGAGAUUCAGGAAACCUUGACUUCAGACUAUUUCCAGAUUUGUAAGACAGUUCGGCAUGGUUUUCCUUAUCAGCCCACCACAUUAGCCUUUGAUCCAGUUCAGAAAAUCUUGGCUAUUGGGACGAGAACUGGUGCUAUACGAAUACUUGGAAGACCUGGUGUUGAUUGUUAUUGUCAACAUGAAAGUGGUGCGGCUGUCCUGCAACUCCAAUUCUUGAUCAAUGAGGGUGCUUUGGUCAGUGCAAGUUCAGAUGAUACACUUCAUUUGUGGAACCUUAGACAAAAAAAGCCAGCUAUUCUUCAUUCUCUCAAAUUUAACAGAGAACGAAUUACUUACUGUCAUCUACCUUUCCAGAGUAAAUGGCUCUAUGUUGGAACAGAAAGAGGAAAUACACAUAUUGUAAAUAUUGAAUCUUUCAUUCUUUCUGGAUAUGUUAUCAUGUGGAACAAGGCAAUUGAACUAUCCACAAAGACUCAUCCAGGUCCAGUUGUGCAUUUAAGUGAUAGUCCAAGAGAUGAAGGGAAAUUGCUAAUAGGUUAUGAAAAUGGUACUGUAGUUUUCUGGGACUUAAAAUCUAAAAGAGCAGAACUGAGAGUUUACUAUGAUGAGGCUAUUCAUUCAAUUGAUUGGCAUCAUGAGGGCAAACAGUUCAUGUGCAGCCAUUCAGAUGGUAGCUUGACUUUAUGGAACCUGAAAAGCCCAAGUCGUCCUUUCCAGACCACAGUUCCACAUGGAAAAAGUCAAAGAGAAGGAAGAAAACCUGAAUCUUGCAAACCAAUUCUUAAAGUAGAAUACAAGACUUGUAGAAACAGGUAUGCAUUUUUACUUGGGGGGUUAUGAAAAAAAAAUGUAAGAAAGAGCAACAAGAAAUACAGAUAUCCUUUAAUGUUUGUAUAUUGUUAAGUUUUACAUAAUUAUCUUAACUAACAUUAACAACAAUGUUCCUUGAUAACAGAUUUAUUAUUCAAUGGGUAUGUAUAUGAUGUCAAUAUUAUUAUAAUAGUAACUCUUAAUUAUUUAAAGAUUUUUAUUAAUAUUCAGAUGAGUAUUAUAUACAUUAAUUUUAACAAUGAAGGGCUUUUUGGCCAUGCAAUUUCAAGUAGCAAUCAUUUAGCAUUAUUAAACAGCAAAAGCUAUUUACUUAUUAGUAUUACAUAUAAAUUAAAUAUAUAACUAAGUCUCUGUACUUUAAGAUCUUACUUUUUGAAUUUGAAAAGAUUAAAGUUAGUUGGGAAUAUAAACAUUUAUGUAUAUUGGUGUAAUACAAUAGUACUAAAUUUUAAGAUAUAGAAAAUUAAAAAUAAUAUUUAAUAAAAUUUGUAUGAAUAGCAGCCAUAUCCUAUACAUCAGCAAUGUUCUUUAUACCUAAAGUAACUAUUAGUGGCAAUAUUCCCACCCAGAAUUACCAUAAUUACAAAUCUUGUUGUGUAGACCUUAAGUUUUAAGUCUAAAUUGGAUAAUUCUACUUUAUAUUACUUAAAUGCCCACACUACAAUAUUUUCCUGUCAUCACAGGUACAUAUAAUAUUUGCUUGUAGCAGCUCUUCUCAAAGUAUGAUAGAUAGAUGGAUCAAAACCUCUUUAGCCUAGCCUAAGAUCUUCAUGACCCAGAUAAUCACAAUGGUGUGAUCACUCACCUAG